AUGUCGCCUGUCGCUCAAGAAAACGCUACUCAAGGACUACCUCCUGUUGGAGAGAUGACCUCAAGGGAUUACUAUGCUGAUAGUUAUGCUCAUUUCGGUAUCCACGAAGAGAUGCUCAAAGAUUCAGUCAGAACUUUAUCUUACCGAAACGCUAUAAUGCAAAACCCACAUUUAUUCAAGGGUAAAACUGUCCUUGAUGUAGGGUGCGGUACAGGUAUCUUAUCAAUGUUUGCCUCUAAAGCAGGAGCCAAAUUAGUUAUCGGUAUCGAUAUGUCAAAUAUCCUCGAUCAAGCUGAAAAGAUUGUAAGAGCAAAUGGAUUCACACAAGAUCAAAUCGUCCUUCUUAAAGGAAAAUUAGAAGAUGUUGAAUUACCCGUGAAACAAGUUGACAUCAUCAUCUCAGAGUGGAUGGGUUAUUUCCUCCUUUACGAGUCAAUGCUUGAUACCGUCCUUCUCGCAAGAGACAAAUACCUGACUCCAGAUGGAUUACUUUUCCCGGAUAAAGCUACAAUCUUCUUGGCUGCUAUCGAGGAUCAAGAUUACAAAGAAGAGAAGAUCAACUUCUGGGAUGACGUCUAUGGUUUCGAUUAUUCAUGUAUCAAAGAGAUCGCUCUCAAAGAACCUUUGGUAGAUUGUGUAGAACUCAAAUCAGUCGUCACACACCCAUGUGCUAUCAGACAUAUCGACAUCAAAACAGUCACCAAAGAAGAAUUAGCAUUCAAAGUUCCUUUCCAAUUGAAAGCUACUCGAAAUGAUUACAUCCACGCUUUCCUUGGUUGGUUCGAUAUCUCAUUCUCAUGUUGCCACAAACCUAUAAACUUCUCUACUGGCCCUCAUGCCAAAUAUACUCACUGGAAACAAACAGUCUUCUACACUCCCGACACUUUGACCGUCUCUGAAAACGAUGUGAUCCAAGGUCAACUUUCUUGCGCACCCAACUCAAGGAACAACAGAGAUUUAGAUAUUGAAUUCGAGUACGAGGUUGUAGGUUCAGAAGCUACAAAAGGAAAGAUGGUUUACAAAAUGUAA